CCUUCUCUGCCCAUCGCCACAGCACGAGGGAUCCCGGGCGCCGCCGCCCAUUGGCUGAGCCCACCGCAGGCUGCCUCCUGAUUGGUCAGACGAGCCGUCCGUCAAGGAAAGAGCCCCGGUCCCGCCUGUACUCUUCCCUGGAUCCAGCAGGUUAGCGAUCGCCGCCGAGGAGCCCGGGAGAGCGCAAGUGACCCGGAUUCGGGUAAGAUCGCGGGAUGGACAUGAAGAAGAGGAUCCACCUGGAGCUCCGGAACCGGACGCCGGCCGAUGUAAAAGAACUCGUCCUGGAUAACUGCCGGUCCAAAGAAGGAAAAAUCGAGGGACUGACGGAUGAAUUUGAAGGACUAGAAUUUCUAAGCACAAUCAACGUCUGUCUCAGCUCUGUUGCAAAUUUACCAAAGCUAAACAAACUGAAAAAGUUGGAGUUGAGUGAUAAUAACCUCUCGGGUGGAUUGGAAGUUCUGGCAGAAAAAUGUCCAAGCCUCACACAUCUCAACCUGAGCGGAAACAGAAUAAAAGAUCUGAGCACACUAGAACCUCUGAAAAAAUUGGGGAGCAUAAAGAGCUUAGACCUGUUUAACUGUGAGGUCACCAACCUCGGCGACUACCGAGAAAACGUCUUCAAGUUAUUGCCCCAUCUCACCUACCUGGACGGGUACGACCGAGAUGACAAGGAAGCCCCCGACUCCGACGCUGAAGCCUAUCUGGAGGGUUUAGAUGAUGAAGACGACGAGGACGAAGAGGAAGACUAUGAUGAGGACGUUCCACCGGGUGAGGACGACGAUGAAGAGGAGGAAGGAGAAGAGGAGGAAGUGAGCGGCGAGGAGGAGGUACUGUUCAUUGUGGAAAAAAAAAUCAAAAUGAAUGAAAAUUCGGUUCCAUCUUUGAAACAAUUUCCCUUCGCAAUGCGUUCAGAUGAAGAAAAAAUGAGGAUAAUGGAGCUUGGACCACAUCAACCCAAAUUGAAAAUUCAGCAGCGGUCAAGUGAUCGUGGUCGAGUUUGCGCUCGCAGCUUUUCCACCACUUCUUAUAGUAAAUGGCGUUGGCUGGCUGGAUGUGAGGUGACUCGCGCCUUUUAUUGUUUUCCCUGUUUGCUAAUUCAAAGUCCUGGCACCGACGCGUUGUGGAUAUCAACAGGGGUGUGCGACCUAAAGCAUCUCGCUGAAAAGUGCAAGCGGCAUGAAACUACCGAAAGCCAUUUUGACAACGUUAUGAGUGUCAAGUUUUUUGGGAAGCCUAGCAUUAGUGAACAGCUAAAUGAAGGCUACAGGAUGGGCAUUAGAAGGCACAAUGAAGAGGUCACACAAAAUCGACACAUCCUGUCUAGAAUAAUAGACUCUGUGAAAUAUUGUGACGCAUUUGAGCUGGCUUUGCCUGACCAUGACGAGAGUGAGAUAUUGGAUAAUCCUUGGAUAUCCUGUGGCUUGGUCGAUUUUGGUGCUUCUCUUGAUGAAGUUUUGAAAGAGCACCUUGAGAAUGCCAGUUUUUUUGAGGGAUCUUCGGAAACUGUGCAGAACGAGCUGUUGGACUGCAUGUUGUCUGUUGUGAAGGAGCACAUCAUCCAAGAAGCACAGAGCAGUGAUUUUAUCUCGAUCCAGGCCGACGAGACCACCAAUGUUGCCACACAGUGCCAACUUGUGCUUGUACUGCGCUACAUCGAUGCCAAAAAUAAGGUACAGGAGAGGUUUUUGGAAUUUAUUCCUCUGCAUUUGACUACAGCAGAUUCCAUCACUACAGCGCUACAAGAGCGUCUUGCUGUCAUCCUUCCAGGGGAUCAGAAACAUAAACUCAUCUCCCAAGCAUAUGAUGGAGCCAGCUUCAUGAGAGGCGCCACUGCAGGGGUUCAAAAGAAGAUACAAGAUGUGUACCCAAAUGCCCAUUACACCCACUGCUAUGCACAUCAGCUCAAUCGGAUAAUGCAACAGGCCAAUUCUCAAAUUCCCAAAGUAAGACUUUUUUUUGCUAACCUUGGAGGAUUUGCCAGCUUUUUUGCAGGAUCGCCCAAGCGCACAGAUGUUCUUAAUAAAGUAGUUGCCCAUAGAUUACCGACAUCAAGCAGUGUCAGGUGGAAUUUCCACAGCCGUGCCGUCAAUACAGUGUUUGAGCACAUAGAGGACCUCAUCCGCUGUUUUGAAACUAUGCGAGACUCGGGUGACUUUGACCUUGAGACUAUGAGAAAGGCAGCAGCGUUUGUCAUGCUGCUGGAGGAUCAGGAUUUUAAAUAUUUCCUGACACUUUUCCACAACAUCAAGCUGCAUGUCGACGACCUCUAUGCCAAACUCCAGGAGAAGGACAUAGAUUCAGUCCACAUUAAAAGGAGCAUCCAGCAGUUCCAGCAGGACAUACAGAAGAUCAGAGAUUCUAUCCCAUCCCUGGUUGACCAAAGCAGUGAAGAUGGUUCUCAACCGAGUAGUUGGGACUCUUUGAAUCCAGGAGAAUGUAAAUCCAUUUCAGCCGAGGUCUGUGAUGCCAUACUCUUACACACCAUGCAACGUUUCUCCUUCACAAACCACCUUGUUGGUGCCACCUUGUUCCAAGCAGAUAGGUUUGAACAGUACGCAAUGGAGUUUCCGGAGGAUGCACUGAGUAAGACUUUGAAGGCCUAUCCAAUGAUCAAAGGGAGUAGGUUAAAGACACAGCUUAGUCUCAUCUACAGCACAGAAGAGUUCAGAGAGUGUAAGGGUGCUGUGGCCCUAUUCCAGCUGUUUAUGCAGAACAAUCUUAAAAAAGAUUUUAGAGAGACUGUCACUCUGCUGAAGAUUCUCAUCACCACACCCAUGACCACCGCAGAAGGUGAGAGGUGCUUCUCAACCAUAAAAAGGAUUAAGACUUUCCUGAUAAAUGACAUACCCCAGGAGAGGCUGAAUGCAUUGGCCAUGCUGUCAAUGGAAAAUAGAGUGAUGACAGAGAUGACUGGCUUCAACCAGAAGGUCAUUGAGAAAUUUGCAAGCCAGGAAAGAAGGAGAGCAACAUUUAAUUUCAAAUAGUGCCACUGGCACUAAUGUGAAUGUGGCGUUCAUUUGUAUUCAGUCACCUUUACUCUGAUUCAGAGUUUUUUUUGUUUUUUUUUCUAUUCCUGUUUUUGUACAAUAAAAUUUGAUUACUGUUUUGAAAA